GUCGCCGCAGGUCAGAAAGUUUUGACAUGUUAACCGACGCGGACCUUCCCUCCGUCUCCAGUUCGCACCGCCCGCUCAGCGCUUCCCUCCAGGAAUAACCAAACCCGACCCGCUGCCCUAGGAAGCAACCUCGUCUUUAUCGGCGUGUACGAUAAGCCUCAAAACCAUGGAGUUUAUCCAGAAACUGAUGUCGGGUUUCAGACUUGACCUGGGACCGCUGAAGGAGCCUUUGGGGUUUAUUCGGCUCCUGGAGUGGCUCUUCACCAUCUUUGCCUUUGGUACUACUGGUGGCUAUGUCGGUUCCGCCGUCAUUACCACUAAUUGUACCACAAAAACGGAUGUUCCAAUACAGUUCAACUAUCCUUUCAGGCUCGCAGCUCAUCCGUUUAUUGUUCCUAACUGCACUGGCUCUACGGGGAACACAGUUUACCUGAUGGGAGAUUACUCCUCUUCGGCUGAGUUCUUUGUGUGUGUGGGCGUCUUCGGCUUCCUGUACUGCACCUUCACCCUGGUUCUAUACCUGGGCUACCAGCACGUUUACAGAGAAACCAACCGAGGACCCAUCAUUGAUCUGGUUGUGACUGGGAUCUUUGCGUUUCUCUGGUUGGUGUCGUCCUCUGCCUGGGGAAAAGGACUAACUGAUGUGAAAAAUGCCACUGACCUGAAAAACCUGGUCAAGCACUGCGAUCCUCUGUGCCAAAUCAAGGAACACCCUGCCAUGGGACGCCUCAAUUCUUCUGUGAUAUUUGGCUUCCUCAACCUAAUCCUGUGGGUAGGUAACUGUUGGUUCAUCUAUAAGGAGACCCCGUUCCACAAGCCUGCUCACCCACCUCCCAACCCAGAGGAAGGAGGUCCAAGCUCCUAAUCAGACCAGCCAGACUCCUCCCUCUCCGUUCAAGCCAAUCGAAACCAGAGGACGCCACUGCCUGUUCACGUUGGCUCAUCCUAAAGCAAAGUAAAGUUUGAUAAGCAAAAGCUUUGGCUCAACCAAACGGUCCAGCUGCACGCAGUGCGGUCCGCUGCUUUUACACACGCUGAGCGGAAACGCUUGCUGUGGGUGUUUUUGUUUUGUUGUUUUUUGUUUUAUUUUGUGUUUGUUUUAGUGGUCAGUUAUUAUCUGAGCACCUGUCUCAGUGACAAUGUCUGGAACAAGUCUUUUUUACAUCCAGGAUCCAUAAAACAAAGCCUUGAGAAUUCCUCUGGAAUUUAACUGCAAAUUUGUUCUACACUAAUGGUUUCGUGCUUUUUCAGCGGUUAUAUACAUAUGUGCCUUCAGUCUCCUCAGCUAGGUGAAUUUUGAAGUGCCAGAUCCAUGAUCAGCCCAUCAGGGCAUUUUUUUUUGUAGCUACUUUUGGACAAGCUUUUCAAAAUGUAGGCAAAAACUCAUUCAACCUGAAUUUGGAGUUCAGAGUCACUACAUAAUGUUGAGUUUCCAGUUAAAAGUGCUACACUACUGAGUUGGACUGUGUUGUUGCACUUAAUCGAAACUAGGCAAGUUGUAAACAACAACAAAUUCACCACCAUCUUAAUGUUGGCUUGUUUAUGUUAUAAUAACACUACACUACAUUUAUCCUAGCAUUGUAAGACGUUUUCUGGUCACGUUAUAUGCCUUUAUGUAUUAAUGUCUUAUGCAGACGUGUCAAAUCAACGUUAUACUGAUUACCACAUAACAACUCACUUCUCCAUAAAUGCUCUUUCAAUGUACUCAUAAUCAUCAGAUUUGUCCGGGGGGGGUGGGGGGUCUGCGCGAACAUAUGUUACAAAAUGUUUUUCCACGUGUGUGCAAUUACAAGUUUCCACCAGAGAGGUCUCCAAAUCCCCAAAACUUACUUAGCGUAGCUUUAAUAAUGUGUGUUAAAUUUCUGUUAAUAUUUUGACACAAACUAAUUUUCUCAUUAAGCUAAAUUGCUAACGUUGUAUAAAGCUUGUCCAAAUGAGCUAUGAAGGAACCAAUUUGUAGAUGGAGCCUGGACAGUCCCUGUCCUGUCAGUUUAUUGAGUUCCCACAUGACUAAAUCUUUCUUUUUUCGAGUUCUCUCGCUCUGCUCUUUGCAGGCAGGACCUCUUAAAAAUGAAAGUGUUGCCUUUUAAAAACGUUACACACCAAGUGCCAUCUUAUUGUGCCUCUCUCGUGCACCGAGACCCUAACGCCUUACUGCAGACACGUUAAAGGCUCGUCUGCGUGGUGUAGAUGUGUUUGCGCUGUUUAUUCUUAUUGGGAAGUGCCUUAAUCAUUGACAUCCGUUAUCUGAUAUCUUAUGUUUCAGUGAAGGAGCGAACCUCAAAUAGAUUUUGCCACACUUUUAAAAGCAUGUGAUAAGUCAGGGGCAGACAAAUCAGUUUUCAUUCAGAUCAGCUCCAGAUCUUAAGUGGAAAUUCUCCAGAUUUGUCUACAUUUUCUGCAUUUGUUUAAUGGUUGAGAUGUGAACAAAGACAUACAGAGAGGUUUGAGGCGAAAAGGUAGAUUUCUUUACAGCACAAAUAUAGACAUUUUAUUUACUAUCCCAAACCACCAGUGAACUUACAUGUUGAUAGAGGUAAAAUAGUGGUAAGCCUAAAAUAAAAAUGUUUUAGGGACCUUUUUUCCUUCAUCGAAACAACAACAACAACAACAACAACAACAACAACAACAACAACAACAAAUUUGUCACCAGGCUAAUAGUAGUUUGUCUACGUAAAUAAAAAUAAAACUACACCCAACCAUUCCGACUUCAAUGCAAAUAUAAAAAAAUCCAUCUGGGUUGUGAAGGGGAGCUGGAGCCUAUCCUAGAAGUCAGUGGGUGAAAGGCAGGAUGCACCCUGGACAGGUCACCAGUCCAUCACAGGGCACCCCAACAUUAAAAAUAAAUAAAUAAAACAAUUUAAAAUGGGAUCAAAAUACUUAAUACAAUCUUAAAACAGUGCAUCAGGCAUGAAGCCGUGUAUUCAUAAGCAUUUAAUGCAAUAAGCUUGUGUAAGAGAGCUUUUAGAGGUGGAUGUCUGGUUCCUAUCACCACCACUCUGAAUAUUUUUGACUCUAAAGUUUCUGUCGUGUGGAGAUUCACACCAAACCAAUCUUAAUGAUUUAACCUUACUGAUUUAUCAGUCAAAUCCCCCUUCAAUUCGCUUUGCUUAAUCUUUUUGUGGAUAUAUAUCUAACUGUUUGGAUUUGAACGUGUCGUAUCUGGCGAUAAAUACCGCUAAGCCAGUUUUCUUCUGUACUUAUUAUGGAGAAUGAAUGUGUGAAAUAUCGAACACUAAACGUCUUUUUUGGUGCUUUUUUUUAGUUGUUGUUCAAAUCAGACGCGCCAUCCUUGUUUAUAGUUACGUUGUUUCCCCAAGCAGUCUGAUAACAAGCGGUGGCAUUGUGGUCUGACGGUGUUGUGUGUUCGCUGUGAAGAACAUCCUGCGUAAUUCUCUAUUUGGUCAUUUCUGUUUUCUUUCUUUUAUGAAACAACGAAGCAAGAAAAUUCUCAAUCAACUAUAAGAAGUAUCAUUGUUUUAUAUUAGUUGAUGGUGAGCUGUCAAAUAGUAGCAGACAUUUGAUUUGUCUGAAUUGCAGGUUUGAUCGCACUAAGUUCAGCAUCAAUUGAUGAUAGUAAAUAGCAUUAAGAAGUGAUUUAUUUUACUGAAUUUCUCGUUUUUUCUUUUCCUUUUUUUUUUUUUAAUUGACUGUGCUUUGUCCCUUUUAUUUUGCCUUAGCAAUGAUUCUUUUACUUAUGCAAUAGGAAAGCGUUACUAAUUCUGUGCCUUUGGCCCUAAUCUUAUUUUUUUUGAUGUGGUGUAGCCUGUGGGGCAGUAGGGUAUAUGCCAACAUGACAUGUGUCUUAAUAAGAAAGUGUCCUGCAUAGAAGCCCAGAUAGUCUGUUUACCAGCAGUAUUUAAGGAAAACAGUGCCAUUAUAAUAAUAAUCUCUCUCAGCAGGUUUUAUACUUUCUCUGUACAAACACCAUUGAAAUAUCUCAUGGAGAAACUUUGAAAGGGCUUUUUUUUUCUAAGUAAAUCUACUCUAAUUUUCCUAACAGGGGUCUGAGGGGGAAAUGCGUUGCUCUUCUACUUUGUACCGUUAUUGAUAAGAUCAGAAGAAAAUAUCACCUAAGUUUAAGAUGUUCUGUGACAAGGAUUAAAAGAGGAGAGUUUCA